AUGGACGCCUCGGACGCUGAAGCCCGGGCCUUGGUGGUCGAAGAUACCCUUUCGGAAAUGCGAGCCUUGCGAGAGGAUAUUCAGUUGCAACGUCGUGCCGUUCCUCCCACCUGCUGUUCCCGGAUUCGAUGGUGUCUGCUGGGUGCCCUCUCCUCGUUGGGCAUGCUGGCAUUGCUCAUGGUGGCCAUUGGGAGAGGAGAUGAAGUGGUCGACGUGGGACAAGAUAUCUACAGCACGGGACGAGAUUUUGUCAACAUUACCAUUCACGAUGGUGGCGAAAUUCUCAACAAGACUAUUUAUGAUUUGCGUCACAAGGGCAACAAUGCCACCGAUGCACCACCAGCGCCGGCAUCCGCGCCAAUAGAUAAAAAGGGAAAGCAACCGCAUGGCAAGGGUGAUAAGAAAAAACAUCCCACCAGCAAACCCACGGCGAAACCCACCGGCAAACCUAAACAAACAAAUCAACAAAUUGAGGAAGAAAAGGAAAAAGAAGAAGCACAGGAAGAACUGGAAGAAGAAGCACAGGAAGAAGAAGAAGAAGAAGAAGAAGGGGAAGAUGAAGAUGAGGAUGAGGACGAGGAUGAGGACGAGGAUGAAGAUGAAGAUGAAGAUGAAGACGAGGAUGAGGAGGAAGAAGGCGAAGGACCUGGGCAAUGGUUCGAGCCUGGUCAAGAGGAGAAAAACUCCAAACCAAAAACAAACAAAAAUGUUAAAGACAACGCCGUAGAUAAACCCAAGGAGAAGGAGACUCCCGAAGUUACCCCUCCUGGAGAACAAGUUGAGGAAACUCCUGCUGAAGAUGCAGAAGAAGAAACAACCGUGGAGGAGCCAACAGAGGAAGAAGAAAAGGGAGGCGAAGAGGAAGGGGAGGAAGAAUCUCCGGCUGAAGAAGAAGAGGGCGAAGAAGAAGAAGAGGGCGAAGAAGAAGAAGAAGAGGGCGAAGAAGAAGAAGAGACUCCGGAAGGAGAUGAAACUCCCGAAGAAGAAGAGAAUACUGAAGGCGAUGAAACUCCUGAAGAAGAGGAAACCUCAGUUGACGCAGGAACCAACGACGGUGAUGAGGAAGACGAAGAAACCAACGAAGCUGAUGAAGAAGAUGAGGAUGAAGAAGAAGAAGUAGACCCAGACGAGGAAGAAGAAGACGGAGACGAGGAAGAGGAUGAGGAUGAAGAAGAAGUUGACGGAGACGAGGAAGGUGAAGAAGAAGACGAAGCCGAGGAAGACGAGGAAUCUUCUGAGGCUGGUCAGGAUGGCAAUCAAAAAGAUGACCUAGGUCAAGGGGGCGACAUCUCAGGAACAAGCCCCGUAAACUCAACUAAUACAAGUCUCGCCUACACAACAAACAUCACCGACCUUAUCGCCAGCGCAGCAGGACUGCUGAACACAACGAACACAACAAACACGACCAAUGCAAUACAACUCGCUGAAGGGUCGGAGUCAGAAUCGGAUAGCGAAGACGACAGUCGAUACGAUGACAUCGAUGACGCGGACAAGCCAUUGACCCUCCGUCCUCCAUCGGAAGUAUGGAAAUACCUAAUACGUGGCAAAAUUGAGGUAAUGGAUAAGCAAAAAAGGUAUGAACUAACAAGGUCAAAAGGAAAAUGGAAGUUUCGAGACCCCCACCCUGAGAAAAGGCCUACCGAAGAUUAUUGCGCAGAGUACCCCAACCGUGAUAUUCCCUGGGACGAAUUCCCGAGAGACGCAUGGCAAAGAGACAACGACUACAAAGGCAAGUUUUGUGAAGAAGGAAAAGCCUUGCUAUCAAGGGUGAUGGAAGAGAUAUUGGCUGAAUAUGGCUUCGGAGCUAAGGAUGCUGAGUGGGAAGGCAGAAGCUUUGAAGAAAGACGCGAUGCUUCACCCUUCUUCCUAGAGUUUUUUGAGCCCGAGGAUGAGACUGAUGAGGGUGAUGACAACGACUCGGAUGGCGACGAGGACUCGGGCGGUGCCAACGAAGCGGGAGGUGACAAAAAUUCGGGUGAAAGUGACAAAAACCCUGAUGGCAAUGAAGGCUCUGAUGGCAGCAAAGACUCCGGAGGCCGUCGAAAACUGCGCUCGAAUAUGAACGGCCUAGGUGGAAGGAUUACGCAAGACUCUUGGGACGGAUUGGUUCGGCGUUUGUUGCAUGCAAUUAUCACUGGUGAUUCUUUCAAUCUGGUGCUCGGUGGACAUUCGGCGGCUGCAGGCCAUGGCAAUCAUUUUCAACAGAGCUACGCGAUGCAGUUUCAGAGAAUUAUGGAACCUGUUUUUGCGAGAUUCGGAGUGAAACAUUAUGCACGCAACAUUGGAAUGGGAGGCUUGGGCACGGUACAAAGUGCAAUGGGAGCACAAGAUAUCUAUGGCAAAGACGUCGAUAUCUUGAUUUGGGACUCCGCCAUGACAGAAGAUGGAGCAAGUCCCGAGUUCGACCUAUUUGUUAGACAAGCCAUCCUCGGAGGCGACAGAGCGCCGAUGAUCUGGUCAGGGACAGAUGAACUCAACGUCUAUGCAGCGUUGAAGGAGCAUGCUGAUAUUGACUACAUGUUUUAUGGCAGCGGCAUGGACGGCAUCCCCAAGAUAUCGGAUCCGACUGUCGUGGAUGAAAUUUCUUGGGCUGCCAGAUACCUAAAGUGCGACAAUGAAUUCAAAAGUUUGUGCGAAGACAAUCGAUACAAUGGCACAUGCUGGAUUGAUAGACCGGAUCAUUUCCAGCCUCCCACGCCCCAGAGGGACGAACCUGGGGGCAGGGCUUCCUGGCAUGGUGGUAACCGUGAACACCAGUUGACGGGGCGCAUUAUGGCGUUCAAUGUGAUGAGAGCCAUGUCUCAUGCGCUGGAUUUCUGGGACCACCAACCAUGGCGCAAGGUGGAUGAUAGUAUGUGGCAUAUGACUGAUUACUACGAAAACAUCAAAUCAAAGGUUGCAAAUCUCGAUCCCAGUAUCGGAAGUUGUCAUGCAAUCAGCGACAGGUUGUCGACGGACUUCUGCACAAUUCCAUUCCAGGCACGGACAGAGUUUACACCACGGGCAAACCCAGAACAAACGAGUCUCCGUAGCAUUAUGAAGCCGUUUGGACCUGAUAAAAGCAUCCUUGAGCCUGAACAAAACGUUUACGACCCUCCUGAUGUUGAAAAUCCAGUGUUGAAUGUUCCAGAGGGUGAAGUUGAUGUCCUUGCUCUUGCCGAACACGGUCCAUACGACGCCUUCCUUGCCCCAGUUUCACCACUGCCAGUCCCCGUAGGAAACACGACGAACAGAAAAAUCAGAGUCAAAGACGCAGAUGGCGAGAAGCUUGUGCCUGGUCUAGGAUGGGGGGUUCACACGAUGUCGUCUCCGAACCAGUGCAACGGUACAUAUGACUCUUUCUGCGGGCGCAGCGCUGACAACGAGUGCCUUCUCUACGGCCACAACGACUUUCGUGGUGGGCUUAGUUUUGACUCGUUCAGUGGCUGGGGUAUUUUCACACUGACAAAUGUGAAGUUUGGUAAGAUAUACGUGAAGAUGGACUCCUGGCGAAAGGCCAAGGACAAUCCUGUGACAGAAGGAUGGACUGAAGUCAACAAUGGAACAUCGCAUCGAUCACUGUUGGAUGCCUCUGCAGAUGAGAUGGAGCUGGAGACUUCGUCAGAGCAUGGCUACGUUCGUAGGAACCUGAUGAGAAAAGGAAAAAAGAACAAGAAGAAAAAGAAGAAACAGAACGAGGACGAGAACGCGAAUUUCUGCCCAGAUCUUGUGCUGGAGUUUGCGGUUGGCAACCAGACCAUUCAAGUUACUAGUGAGGAAAUCUUGGGCGAAAGGCAUUCACUGGUCCAACGUGUGGUACAGAUAUGGACUGUUAUGGACGACAUUGAGUUGACUGGUGGAAGAUUGAUGGAUGUCGAGCUUGGAAUAAGACUGCUCGGCUGCGGCAGGCAGCAUGUCUUCUGGCUCACUCACAUUUACUGGGCAUAA